GUACGGCAUUGUGGGUACGGCGCCCGUGCUCGCGCCAUUUUCAGCGGGAGAGGACCUACCUCGCUUGUGGCUUCUGACGACACUUCGGACGCUUUGAGACAGAAAAUGGGACGAAAGAAAAAGAAGCAGAUGAAGCCUUGGUGCUGGUAUUGUAAUAGAGACUUCGACGAUGAGAAGAUUCUUAUCCAACAUCAGAAAGCAAAACAUUUCAAAUGUCACAUAUGUCACAAAAAGCUGUACACGGGACCUGGUUUAGCUAUACAUUGUAUGCAGGUGCACAAAGAAACAAUAGAUGGGGUUCCAAACGCAAUACCGGGCAGAACCGACAUAGAGUUGGAAAUCUAUGGCAUGGAGGGAAUUCCAGAAAAAGAUAUGCAAGAGCGCAGACGAUUGCUUGAACAGAAGUCUCAGGAAAGCCAAAAGAAAAAGCAGAACCAGGAGGACUCGGAUGAUGAUGAUGAUGAUGAAGAUGAACCUGGUCCGUCGCCAUUCCAGCAGGCUGCAGCUCAGCCUCAUGCCGCUUACAUGCCCACUAUGGCCCAGCCAGGAGUGCCCCACAGCCAUGGAGCACCUGGCAUGGCCCCUGCCAACUACUCAGGUAUGCCCCAUAUGAUGCCAGGUGUCCCACCAAUGAUGGCUGGAAUGCCACCAAUGAUGCCAGGCAUGCCACCAGGCAUGAUGCCAAUGGGUGGAAUGUUGGCCCCAGGGCAUGCAAUGCCAGCCAUGAUGCCAGGCAUCCCCCCAGGUAUGCCUCCUCAUGUGGCCAGGCCUGGGAUGCCCCCCGUAGCCCAGCCAGCACCAGUUGCUGUUCCAGUAGUGCCAGCUAGACCAGCUGGGCCCGCAGCCCAGUCCACCGCUACCAAACCCCUCUUCCCCAGUGCUGUACAGGCUCAGCAGACGGUGUCAGGGCCUCCCUCCACCAGCUCUGAGACACCCAAGCCAACGUUCCCAGCCUACACACAGCCUUCGGCCUCCUCCUCCCCCUCUGGCCCUGCUAGUAGCACUGUGGCCAAGCCCCCUGCCACAGUCGCCAGCAAGCCAGCUGCCCUCGCCACCGGCAGUGCUACCAGUAAGUUGAUCCACCCUGAUGAGGAUGUCUCGCUGGAGGAGAGGCGAGCUCAGCUGCCUAGAUAUCAGAGGCUGAUUCCUAGGUCUGGACAGCCUGCUGCUGUGGCUGCAGCAACGCCCUCUAGUGCAGCAGUAGGGGCACUGCCCCCACAGCAGCCUGCCAUUAGACACCCAAUGCACGGUCAGUAUGGGGCACCUCCUCAGGGAAUGCCAGGCUAUAUGCCUGCUUAUGGACAGGUGCCCACGUACCAAGGAGGCCCCCCCGUCCCUCCUAUGGGCAUGAGGCCGCCUGUCAUGUCUCCGGGUAGCCGGUACUGAGCCAGCGCCUACAUCCCGCUAUGCUUGGAGGUGACCCUCUUUCUCAUGUAGCGUGCUCUUUAUUCACACCCCACCCCUACCCCAAAGAAAGGAGAGAGAAAAAACCUUGAGCUGUCUAUCUCCAGAUGAAGAUAACACAAAGGACAACUUGACACGCACUCAGACAUAACAGAUCAGUAUCGGUGUUGAGGCUGGUACAUGUGGCUUUUUUCGUUUUCCUUCUUUGUCUUUUGUUCGGGUUGUAUAAGUACAGUGUUGUAACAGUUUCAUAAUGUUUCAAAGGCAUAACAGUGUCCCCACCAUUACUUUCAGGCAAGUCCCCAGUUAUAACAAUCGCUCUGUUCAUCUGUGAAGCCUUCAUAGCACGGCAGUGUUCUGUUGUACUUCUUGUCCCCAGCGUCUGAUUGGUGAGGGCUUCCCAGUGCGAUGUUCUGUGUUUUUGUGCAUCACUCUUUAAUUCAGGGUUUAAGUUUCAGUAAGAGUAAAUUGGUGUAUGUAUGGUUGGGUUUAAAACUGCUUCAUUUUCUCUCCUCUCAAUUUUGUUUAAUUUUGUGUUUGAGGUUCUGUUUUUCUUUGGUUUCUGAGUGCGCGUGUCUUCUGAACCAUGGAUGCUUCAGGCAGAUUGGUCCUUUGGGUAAAGCCAUAACUAAUAACUAACAUUUUCUAAGAGUAAUACGACCGGUUAUUCAGUUGCUGGUGUUAGUAUGUCUCCCACUGCAGACGCAUUGUUGGUCCCUCGACGUGAAAUGAUUAAAAGUAAGUUUCCACCCCUUACUGCAUAUGACCAAGACACUGUCCUGUAUCCCCUUCAUGUUGCAUGGCACACAGAAUUUUUCAGAUAAGGUUUUAUUUUUGACUUGCUUGUAAGGCUGGGUGAUAUUGUGACCAUAUUGUUAGUGUGUAAUGGCAGGUGCUAUCUUUACCUUAUGCCUCUAAUUUUAAGACCUUCAGAUUAGAGGUUAAUUUGCUUAUGUAUUUAGGUAUUGCUGUAAAACCAAGAAGGAUUAUUUUCAUUCCCACUAUUGUAAAUAACCGAUAUGACGAAUCCAGUUGCAGCUAGUAAAGGUGCGUGCGCGUGCGUGUGUGUGUCUGUGCGUGCGUGUGCGUGCGGUUGUAUACGGUGAUUGUCAUUAUCAGGAUGGCAAUAGUUGGCAUUACCACCCAGCCCUACAUGCCUGUUUUUAAUGUGUGGCGAUGGCUGGUUUUAAAAUGGCUCGAUUGCCUGGGAGACCUGAAGGGCAGGUAAGGUCUUCUGUUUGGAUGCUUUACUGUGUGGUUGGCCUGGCGAGAAGUGAAAUGGAAUUACCCUGUCCUCUUAUCUCUGGUAAUGCAUCUGGGAUAGCACAGUUCCUUAAUUCAUAAGCAAUAUAUAGACAUAUGAUAUUAAAGACAAUAAAAAUUUUCCUUUGUUUAAUAUCCUACACUUUUGUUUUGCAAGAUUUUUUCCAUUGUACGUUUUCAGUGUUGUAAAUGACACAUCAGUGUGAAGAUACUGAAUAAACUGGUUUUGAAGGAG